CCCCUCGCUAGGAUGUACCACUCGCUCUCCUCAGCAGAACAGGAGGGGGGGAGAGGAUCAUCCCGCGUCCAGAGCGACCCUCCCUCACUGGAUCAUCCCCCCGCUGCCAGGGCUCCGAGUGAACCCGUCCUCUUCGUUUAAACCGAGAAGACACCCAUACCGACUCCUCAAUGCAAAAAAAAGAAAAGAAAAGGGAGCCAAGAAGCUGGGACGAGGGGACGUGGGUGUAAAUAGGCAGUGAACGCUCUUGGUCUCUCUCUCCCUCUCUCUCUUCUGUCUCCCUCCCCUUCUCUCCCUUUUUCCUCGCUGCCUCUCUUUUUAUGAAAUCAAGUUAUUGGGUUGGACUCCCAUGUAAGGAUUCGAACCUCCGUCGGGACCAUUGCGAGCUUUUUUUUUCAUCCAUCCUCCAACGCUACAUGUGUUUUCACGUCCAUGUAAAUAGUGACUCGGCGCGGGUUGGACCCUCUUUGUGACCAAGACUUCAUCCACCUUUUCUUUCUUUUUGACCUCCGCCUGCCGCCGCUGCGCGUCCAUCCCAACUCGGAAGAUGGCAACUUUAACCAACGGGCAGGUGGACGCCUCCGUGCACGGCGGGAUGUCCGCCACCACCAACGGGCUCGUGAACGGAUUAAGCCACAGCCACAGUCCGGCGGGCUGUCCGGCCACCAUCCCCAUGAAGGACCACGAUGCCAUCAAACUCUUCAUCGGUCAGAUCCCACGCAACCUGGACGAGAAGGACCUGCGGCCCCUCUUCGAGGAGUUCGGCAAGAUCUACGAGCUCACCGUGCUCAAGGACCGCUUCACGGGCAUGCACAAAGGCUGUGCCUUCCUCACCUACUGUGCCAGAGAGUCUGCCCUGAAAGCCCAGAACGCACUGCACGAGCAGAAGACCCUGCCAGGGAUGAACAGACCGAUCCAGGUGAAGCCAGCAGACAGCGAAAGCCGAGGAGACAGAAAGCUCUUUGUGGGGAUGCUCAACAAGCAGCAGUCUGAAGACGACGUGCGGCGUCUAUUCGAGUCCUUCGGCAGCAUCGAGGAGUGCACCAUACUCAGAGGUCCCGACGGAAACAGCAAAGGCUGUGCAUUUGUAAAAUAUUCCUCUCAUGCUGAAGCUCAGGCAGCCAUCAGUGCACUACACGGCAGCCAGACCAUGCCUGGAGCCUCGUCCAGUCUGGUGGUGAAGUUUGCAGACACAGAUAAGGAGCGCACCAUCCGCCGCAUGCAGCAGAUGGCCGGUCAGAUGGGCAUCUUCAACCCGAUGGCCCUGCAGUUCGGAGCCUACGGAGCCUACGCUCAGGUGCAGCAGCAGGCAGCGUUGAUGGCCUCGGUGGGUCAGGGGGGCUACCUCACUCCAAUGGCAGCCUUUGCUGCCGCCCAGAUGCAGCAUAUGGCCACCAUCAAUGGCCUUCCUGGAGCACCGCUCACCCCCACAUCAGGUGGCAGCACUCCUCCAGGCAUCAGCGCCCCAACAGUGACCAGCAUCCCCUCCCCCAUUAGUGUAAAUGGUUUUACCGGCAUGCCGCCCCCACAGGCCAAUGGACAGCCACCCGCCGAAGCCGUCUUCACCAACGGGAUACACCAUUACCCUGUGUUGCAAGAAGUAGUUUUCAGAGAGGACUCUGAGAAAAACGGCUUGGGGGUAGCUCCACGGAGCUGUUUCGGGGUUCAGGGUGGCUGCUUCCUGUCUUCGCUAUCUGAAGCUCAAAGUCCCACUGCAGCUGAUCCUCUCCAGCAGGCUUACACAGGAGUCCAACAGUAUGCAGCAGCCUACCCUGCUGCAUACGGCCAGAUCAGCCAAGCCUUCCCCCACCCUCCGCCCAUCAUCCCUCAGCAGCAGCGAGAAGGACCGGAGGGUUGUAACCUGUUCAUCUACCACCUCCCUCAGGAGUUUGGGGAUGGAGAGCUGAUGCAGAUGUUCCUGCCAUUCGGUAAUGUCAUCUCCUCCAAAGUGUUUGUGGAUCGGGCGACAAACCAAAGUAAAUGCUUUGGUUUCGUGAGCUUCGACAACCCAGGAAGUGCUCAAGCCGCCAUCCAAUCAAUGAACGGCUUUCAGAUCGGCAUGAAGAGACUCAAGGUGCAGCUCAAGAGGCCAAAGGACGCCAACAGACCCUACUAGCGCUCGCCCCUGCUAGCCGCUGCCAUCACCGGCGGCCGGGGCGGCCGUCAGGGAGAGACAGGUUUUGUGAGGCUGAAUCGUGUGUCAACCGCUUGCUACCCACCACUGAGUGCAAACUACAAUAUUUGGAUCACCGCUCCGGUGCAGAGGAGAGAGAGAGAACGAGCAACGACCAAGUCAAGGACACCUCCUUUUUGGAUGUAUUGCAACUUUUGAAUUCAGCAAGAAUUUGUACCAGCUUGCCCCAGGACCUUCUUCUGCACACACAUUACACACCACUUUCCCAAAAAAAAAAGAAAAAAAAAAAAAAGAAAAAAGAAAGAAAAAAAACCUGCUUGACUGACGGCUACCUUUUUCUUCUGGACCACAAAACUGAUCAAGUACAAGAGACCGUACCACACCUACGAUCGAUGACCAAUCCCGCUGAACACUUCAAGGGAAUAUGGAUGUCAAAAAGUCCAACAAGAACAAACUUUUUUUAAAAACUCAAUCGAGGAUUGCCGCAGGAGAUCUUUCCGUUUGAUGGUGUCGAUGGUUCGAAGCGACUGACCUUUGAAGACCAAUUUAAAAAAAAGACUCGACUCAUGAAGGAACUAUUUCUCCACGUGAGAACUUAUGAGUGGAAUGUGGUACUUUCAGGACACAUAUUGGCUUCGAUGUGGGACGGCCAUCUUUAGCUCGGAGUGCCUGUCCGUUUCCAGUGGAUACCGUUGCCAAGGAGAGCCAUAGCAACGGUCUCCAGGGAGUCUUACCUGUCAUUCCUUAGUUGUUUUAGGGACCAAAAGACCAAACAUUUUUAUUGCCGAGGACUUGUAGCUCUAAUAUAAUCGGACCACCGCAUCUCGUCAGUCAGCGCUCACUGGCCGAGGAGUUGCACCUAAACAUAAUUGUACAUUUGGAAUAUAUACAACACGUGUGUGUAUAUAUACAUCUAUAUUGCUGAUAUGCUUUUUUGGAAUACAGGCAAAACUAUUUCCGACGGGGUCUCUCACUUGGUUCGUUUACAAUUGCUGGAAAUGUUUAUUUUUUUUCCUCUUCUCAUUUUAUCUCGGGGUGGGGAGGGAUCAAGAGUGCAUGGGAGGGGCUGCUCCGCAUCACAGCCUUAUCUUUUUUAACUUACCAUCCUAACUUCAUAGAUAGAAUAACAUCAGAAACAUUUGAAAUAUAUGGACUUGUUUAUAUUUGCAGUAUAUGUAUAACAAGCAUUCAAGCAAAUGUAUUCAUAUAUACAGUAUAUAUGGAUAAAUAGAUAUUAAUCACAAAUAUAUGUAUUUAUAUGCACAUAUUUUAUAUAUGUGUGUGUCUGUAAAUAGAACGGCUACUGACCAUGUUGAGCUGUACAAUUCCUUUUGUAGAUUUUAGCUGGAGUUUGCUCGGGAAGAACCGCUUCCGAAACAAAGCAGGCAUUCCUCGGACAACAUAUUUAGCGCUAAAAUAUACAACAUGGUGUAAAUAUUAUCUGCAAAAAGCCACGUUUCAGUAGCAGGCUUUAAGAAUAUCAGGCUGAAUUAUUUUAGAGGAAAAGGACAACGUAUCUUCGCGUCUAUUCCAAACAUAUCUUUUGAGCAACACACACACACACAAACUUCUCUUUGAAACUUGAACCAAAACGGAUAUGUCUCAACAACCCUUGCUCUCUUCGGUAAAGUGCAUGUAGCGUAUGGGCUGUCACCAUGUCAAGGUGUGCCUUGUCACCUGCCAUCAAACACUGUGCUCUCAAAAAAAAAAAAAGAAAAAAAAGUGAAUAAGAAAACUGCAAGCAGCCAACGCGCUAUUAUGAUGUCAAAACCACCGUCACAUCCACAUCGCCUGUCAGCCACGUAGAGAGCUUCGGAGCAUGUCCACGGCUCGACAAAAAUCAAUGACUUUAGACACGGCGCAGUUGAGAAUUACAAGGUGGAAGUUGAAAUGUUUAAAAAGAGGAUGGACCCAUCGUGAAGGUUUUAUAGACUUUCCCGUCCAGAGCUCGAUACGAAGCAUAUCCUUUAAAAAGUGUUCUACUGCCUCAUGUCAUAUACCGUCAUGCAAUUAAACAGACAUAAAAGAUAAAAUGAAACAGUAAAACGAAGCAAUAAAAGUGAAGAGCCAUCUAUCCAUCACCGAUGCUGCGUUUAAUUCCGCACCCCAAAUGGUUCAGGAACAUACUAUGUACCUGCAGAAGGUCAACAGACUUAGAUUUAUUGGACUCUACAUUGAAUACACAUUCAGCCGUCGGGAGAUUACUUGAUGAAUAUUUAUAUAUAUGAAUAUUUAAAAGGCGAUAUGACACUUUGGAAGCUUCCUGUUGGGUGGUUUUCCUAUAAACCGCGUAUUAUACCAUUUCCCUUGCGCCUGUGUCUAACCUUUUUAGCUGGUUGAAUAAUUUAACAUUUACCUUCCCAUGUGGCAAACAACACAAGAGGAUGCCUGUUUGUGUAACCGCUCGCAUGGUGCAGACCCAAGACCGCCAGUACACCCGCUGGGUUAUUGCAAUAUGCCAUGUAUUAAUCUCACAAAAAGCCACUGAGGAUUUCUAAUAUCCCCGAUGUCAACUAAAACUCCAAACCCAGUACGGGGAACCAAGCGUUUCGAAGCACCUCAUCUCCAUUCGCUCUAACUUUAAGCUGCAAGUUUACAAGAUAAACUAAGUGGUUUGACAACACACAACAGAGCAGAAGUUUGACUAUAAAUAUCUAUAAAUAUAUACAUAAGCCGAUGAAAAUACUGUAAAUUGUUUUUUUUCUCCUCCUCUGUACAUAGGUUUGCAUAUUUUAUAGGACUUUUACUUCUAUCUACAAGGACUGGAUAAAGUAUUUACGUACUUUAAACACUCAAAAAAUAUAUAUAUAUGAAUGAAAAACAUGAUAAUGCUCAUUAAAAACCAGGUUAAAAAAACUGCUAGGUACAAACAGUAGGACCUGACCAAGGCAUUUAUUCAGAAUACAGUCAGGGAGAGCAUUGACUUAUUUUAUAAAAAAUACUUUGAUGGGUUCAAUCAUUUGUCUAUUUGUUUAGAUAUUUAUUUAUAACUCAUGUCUGAGAUAUGCAUGCUUUCAUGGCAUUAUUUUUCUAUGAGUUGGUACGUGACCAAAUAGUUUUUAUAUGACGUGUGACGCACUGCUGUGGUCCUCAGAUGAUCAUCGCUCCUGUCUGCAGGAUCUUUGCCUUCAGCACUUGAUGACAGAUUCAACCGUUCCCAGAGACCAAGUGAUGUCAAAAACAAAUAUGUAUCAUGGUAUUUAUUUCUUAAUUUAUUCAACUGUUGAUAUCUAUUUAUUUAUGCUGUUGAAUCUCAAGAUCUGAGCUCUGCGAUGAUGCCAAAAAAAAAAAAAAAAAAACUACUUCGCAUCAGCCGGUCAUAGUUUUGUACAAAAGCCCAUUUCUGCCACUGAGGAUAUUUCCAAACAUUGUAAAUGCAUGAUUUAAAAUGCUGAGUGAAUAAAUAAAUCAGGAUAAUUCCCCAAUUUCCUUACAAACAUAGAUGUGUGUUCACAACGGCAGACGCCCCGAGGUCACUUUACUUGCUAAUAUCUGAUGAAUUGUUAAUCGCAGACAGACUGCUCUCACGACAUUCCCCCCCCAGUCUGCGUCCACGUUUCCUCAUCCUGCUUCCGACAGAGCUCCGAUCUUGUUCCAAUGAUUUGUACAGUGAAAAUCCACUCAUUCACGCAAAUCUCUUCAGUGCUUUCAUUUUCCAAAAAACGGUCACCUUUUGACUUCACGUGGAUUACAAAGUAUUCUGGAAUUGUAUUUCCUGACUUCAGCACAUGUGACGGGUGGGGAUAUGAAUGUUGCAUUUUAAGCUUUGCCAGGUUCCUAACAAGCUAAGCUUUUGAUUGGGCAGUGCGCUUUUGGCUCCCCACUUUCCAGACUGCACCAUUCUCUGGUCCCCUGGACUCUUUUUUUUGUAAUUUUAAAUGAAUGAAGCGUCUCAGCUUAGCCCAAUAAUAAAGCACAGUCUAGAA